GGCAUUUUGGAAAUAGUUGGAUUAAUUGCGGCUUUGACAAUAAUUUUCAUUAUCGCUACGUACGUGUGCAUCAAAUAUUUUAAGAAAAAACAACCAGAGGAACCGACAGUAGUUUUUCAACGAAUGGAAGCGGGAGAUAUUCAACACGGGCAAGACGAGAUUCAAGACGGACAAGUCAAUUGAGGAAGGUCAGCGACGAACCAACUAAAGCAACGAAAGCGAACGUAAAUUAUUCAAAUUUUUUUUUUUUUUUAACGAGUCUAUCAACUAGCUAUCAGUGAUAUGAGUUAUGACGCAAAUGUGUACAAAAUACUGAAAGAUAAAUUCAACGAAGAAUGGAGAAAAAUAGAGCCGUACAGGAGAAGAGCUUUGACGCGUGAUGAUAAAUUGAGGCAGUCCUACAAAACGAACAUUAUUGUUUUAUACAACGCGGCAACGUGCUAUUUGAAGACUGCUGAACGGAGCGCAAAAAAUGAAAAAGACAGAAAAGCGUAUCGCUCCGAACAGGCAAAUGCAUUAUCGAAAUUAACUGAAGCAUUUAAAUUAUUGAAAUUAACGUACAAUUUUUCUCAAAGUUUAUUCGCAGAAAUAGCAAUCGAGGACGUGAUUGAAAACUCUGUUCCGGUUGAUACAAUUCAACACAAUUCUAAUACCGUAUCUGAUUCAGGUGAGGGGAAAUCUGACGAUUUGUUUGAAGAUAGUGAAAAAGUUGAGUCUUCUGUUAAUACUGCUUCUACUACUGGUACAGCCGACACCGCUGUUGUCGAAGACCAGCUUCAACGCCCACUUGGGGCAGCUGGUGUAGGUUUAGUUACGGAUAAUUUUAACGAAACAGAAAACACAAUGGUUCUAGAGAAAGCGGCAUAUCUGUCUCUUAUGGCAGCUCACAUAAGAAAGAAUUAUAAUGGUGACCCCAAUGCGCUUCAACCAUUCUUAGCCACAAUUGAUUUGCUAAAAGAUUUGGCUGAAGAUUCGCGUGAAUUGUUGACAUCGUUAAAAAAGUUUGUGUUGGCUAAGUUGGAGGGCAUAGCGUGUGAAAUUGUCCCAACUAAUCCAAAUUCAAUUGAUGAUAUAGUUGACGCACUCAAAUCAAAAAUUAAAUGCGAAUCUAGUGAUGUUAUUGAGGGUAGAAUGAUGACUUUACGAGCUGAUCGUAGUAAUCUUCAUGAAUUUUCAACGAAAGUGGAGGAGCUGGCGGAUGCGUUCCGCAGAGCCCUCGUGAAAGAAAGUAUCCCUCUGGAAAAAGCUGAGGAAAUGACAGUCAAGAAAACGGUGCAGUUGUGUCGUGCGAAUACGAACAAUGUUACGGUUAAAUCAGUUUUGACCUCAUGCAAAUUCGACAAUCCGAAGGAAGUUGUUGCCAAGUUUAUCGUUGAGUCAAACACAACAAGACAAGAGGCCCAAGUUCUCGCGUUUCGUAGUCAGAAUCGACGUGGUCGACGAGAUGGUAAUUGGAGAGGUGAUCAUCGAAACGGCAAUCGAAACGACAAUGGUCGUGAUCGUAACCAGAAUAAUCGAAAUCGAGAUUCGUACAAUCGUAAUCAAAAUCGUGGACGUUACCAAAAUGACAACAAUGCAAAUCGCAACAACAAUAAUCAAAAUAAUGGUGAUCGUCGUCAAAACAACAACAACAACAACCGCGGUCGAAACGUCAGACAUGUGGAAAACGCAACGGCCUCCCAGCGCACCAUGGGAGAGGCCGACGAUUAGAAAAGAAAAUUCACGCUUUGAACCUAAACUAUUCCGAUUUCAUAAUACUAGCCACGUCAAUUACAAAGAAUGAAAAUGUAUUUUUGGUCGACACCGAGUCAGACAUUUCUAUUUUAAAAGAAAAAUUUGUCUGCGAUUUAAGUGAAAUAGAUAGCGACGAUAUUAUUGACAUCAGAGGGGUGACUGAUGGUUUAAUAGAAUCCCUUGGCACACUUGAGGCCGACAUAAUACACAAUGACACACACAUUCCUCAAAUUUUCCACAUCGUUCCCAAUAGUUUUAACAUCGGUGCGGAUGGCAUUAUUGGAAAAGAUUUCUUAAAAUAUCAUCGGUGCACCAUCAGCUAUGACUCUAUGACACUCACAUUUACCCAUGAUGGUGAAGAUAUUGAAAUUCCACUACAAAGUGGUCCCGAUUCAGAUACUAUUAUGAUACCACCUAGGUGUGAAGUUGUUAGAGAAAUAAAAUUGAAAGAAUGUGAUGGAGAAACGCGACUAGUGAAUUCUCAGCAAUUGGUAGAUGGAGUAAUGUUAGCGAGAACGAUCGUUAAUACAAAAAAUCCACUAGUUAGAAUGAUAAAUACAACUUCUAAGGUGCAAAUUCUAAAGCUGAAUGAAUUUGAAACGGAAAGUUUAGAUGAUUAUAUCCCGUAUACAGCGGAUGAAAUAAAAAGAAACAAAGAAAGAACAAGUACAUUAUUGACUGAAAUUGCCAAAAAUACACCUGAGCACUACCGAGCUAAAAUUUUACCAUUAUGCAAAGAAUUCGAUGAUAUUUUUUCUCUCAAAACGGAUACGAUGACCGUAAAUAAUUUUUAUAAACAGAAAUUCAAAAUGAAAGACGAUACUCCUGUUUAUGUUAAAAACUAUCGAUUACCAUUCAGUCAGAGGGAGGAAAUUGAGACACAAGUGGAAAAAUUGGUAAAAAACGACCUAAUUGAGCCAAGCGCGGCUGAAUAUAAUAGCCCUGUUCUCCUUGUGCCAAAGAAGUCUACGAGUGGAAAGAAGGAAUAUAGACUUUGUAUCGAUUAUCGUCUGGUAAACAAGAAAUUGGUCGCCGAUAAAUAUCCGUUACCUCGUAUUGAGGAUAUUUUGGACAGCCUCGGUAGGGCAAGACAUUUUAGUGUAGUAGAUUUAUUCUCGGGAUUCCAUCAAAUUCCGAUUUCGGAAGAAUCUCGAGAUCUCACGAGUUUUUCAACCUCAAAGGGCAGUUUUCGCUGGAAAGUUGUUCCAUUUGGGCUGAAUGUAAGUCCCAAUUCAUUCGCAAGAAUGAUGAAUAUUGCCUUUAGCGGUAUUCCGGCGGGGACCGCUUUCCUUUACAUUGACGACAUAAUAGUGAUUGGUUGCUCCGAAUCACACCAUUUAAAAAACCUACACAAAGUAUUUGAGACAUUGAGAAAAUAUAAUCUGAAACUUAACCCAUAUAAGUGUAGUUUUUUCAGAAGGGAAGUAGUCUUUCUGGGGCAUAGGUGCACAGAAAAUGGCAUCCUACCUGAUAGCUCGAAACUUACAACAAUGCACGAUUAUCCUGAACCGAACGACAAAGAAGCAGUCAAACGGUUCGUGGCGUUCGCAAAUUUCUACCGUAAAUUUAUAAAGAAUUUUGCCAUUUUGGCCCAACCUCUUAAUCAUUUAACAAAAAAGUCGACAGUUUUUCGCUGGGGCAAAGAAAGUAAAGAAGCCUUCACGGCAAUCAAAGAAGCACUAGUUUCACCAACUUUAUUAGCUUACCCAGAUUUUUCAAAGGAUUUCAUCCUAACGGUAGAUGCAUGCAUCAAGGGAUGUGGUGCAGUUCUUAGUCAAAUUCAAGACGACGGGACAGAGAGACCAAUAAGUUUCGCUUCGCGAGCAUUCAACAAAUCAGAAAGAAACAAGCCCAUCAUCGAACUUGAACUCCUGGCUAUUUUUUAUGCUAUAAUGUAUUACAAGCCUUAUGUGUAUGGAAACCAAUUCCUAGUGCGCACAGACCAUAAGCCUUUGAUAUACCUUUUUAGUUUGAAAAAUCCGUCUCAAAGAUUGCUUCGUAUUAGACUCGAACUCGAAGAAUAUAAAUUUGAUGUUGAAUACAUCAAAGGAAGCCAAAAUGUAGUGGCCGAUGCACUAAGUAGGAUUUCUUUCGACGAAAUCAAAGACAGCAACCAAAAUAUUGCUCAAAUAAAAGUAACAACGAGGUCAAUGUCACGAAAAAAUGAAACAAAAAUGAGUCAUCAAAACCAAGAACAAGUCACAAAUGAAGUAAACAGCCUCAGUGUGUAUGAGGAUAACAACGCUACUACCAACCGCAAAAUUACGACAAUCAUCGUAAAGCAUAAUGCCCUCGAAGCGCGCGUGAAUAAAAGAAUAAUAUUCAAUUUCAAACUGUCAGACAUGAUUUCAUCGAAGCAAAUUUCGCUAGGGAAAUUCUUCGCAUUAUUGCAAGUGAAAGCAAUGGAAACUAAUGUAGACACACUCUAUUUACCAUUGAACAGCCCAAUUUUUACCCUAUGUAGAAUUGAAGAGUUCAAAAGAGUCGGGCAAAACAUUUUGAAUGCAUGCACAAUUAUUUUACGAAAUCCCACUAUUAAAAUACUCGAUGAUGAGAAAAAAUCGGAAAUAAUGAAUCGGUAUCACUCUGACAAAAUCGUGGGUGGACAUUGUGGUAGAAAUCGCCUUUUUGCGAAAAUACGUUCAAAAUACUUUUGGAAGGGCAUGUCUAAGGAUAUCGCCGAAUUCGUCAAGAAAUGUCCUAAUUGUCAGUUGUCGAAAAUCAAUACACACACCAAAGAGCCAAUGAAAAUCACUCCAACGCCACAAAAAGCUUUUGAUGUGGUGAUCAUAGACACCAUCGGUCCUUUACAAAAAUCUAUAUAUGGCAACCAAUAUGCCGUGACUGUCAUUUGUGAUUUGACGAAAUAUUUGACAAUUAUCCCAGUACCAAACAAGGAAGCGAAGACUGUAGCAAGGGCCAUUUUCGAACAUUUCGUUUUGAUUUACAGUACCAUGAAAUCGAUCAGAACAGAUUUAGGCACAGAGUACAAAAAUCAAACGUUUGCUGAAUUGUCAAAACUUUUGGAAUUUGAACAUAAUUUUAGCACUCCCUAUCAUCAUCAAACGGUGGGAACGGUAGAAAGAAACCACAGAGUUUUUAAUGCACAUCUUCGUUGUUAUUUAAAUGAAAAUUUCGAUAAUUGGGAUAUUUACGCUAAAUAUUUCCAAUUUUGCUACAAUACCACGCCAAAUUCUUCUUUAAAACACAAGUUCACGCCUUUUGAAUUAGUUUUUGCUAGGGAGGCCAACAUGCCUGAUGAUAAAUUCGAAUCGAUAGAACCAGUGUACAACGUAGAAAAUUAUGUAAACGAGCUAAAAUUUCGAAUUCAAAGAACAAAUAAGAUGGCAAGAGAGAUGCUCGUCAAGUAUAAGGAAAGAAUGAAAGAAUUGUACGAUAGGGAUACGACAGAGAUAGAGAUAGGGAUAGGAGAGAAAAUAAAAAUAAGGAAUGAGGCUGGUCACAAGUUAGCAAAUAUGUACAAAGGCCCAUUCACUGUCGUAAAUGUAGAUGGCGAGAACGUAACUGCCAUUGAUUUGAAUAAGAAAAGUACUACGGUACAUAAAAAUAGAAUUAAGAAAUUUUUCGAUUAAUUUGCAUUUUUGAACAUGUCAAAUUUCAUCUUUUUAAAUUUUUUCUAAUUGCAUUUCUAAACAUGCUUAUAAUUUUUUUUUAAAAAUUUUUGUUCCCUUAUUUCAAAUUGCAUUUCUAAACAUGCUUAUAAUUU